AUGCCUCGGCUCUCAUGUACUCAUAUCUGUAUUUUCCGCCGCGAUGAUCCAGUACAGCAUUUCCCUUCGUGGUUCCCUGGCACGCACUAUGCGAACGCUGCUCGCGCGUGGAGGUGGGCUAUCAGAAGGCUGUACGACACCCCAUAUGACUCUGUUCGAAAACAGAUGGCCGAGGGGUUGGCCAAACCCUCUGUCCUCUCAAUGCAACUGGAGGCAGCCGCAGGGCGCGCCCUCACAGGAGAAGAAAUAGAGGAUAUGAAAGGGACAGCCGCAAUCAUCUAUGCUGCUGGUGCCGAAACCACUUGGACCGCGAUCUCCACGUUCCUACUAGCAAUGGUACUUCAUCCUGAAUGUCAAGAGACCGGGCAGGAGGAGGUUGAUCGCCUGGUCGGGAAAGACAGACUCCCUACGUUUGAUGAUCGCGACUCGCUGCCGUACAUUGAUUGCGUGAUACAGGAAGUCUUGAGGUGGCAUCCAGUAACGCCUCUCGGCAUCCCACAUCGCUCAACCCACGACGACAUAUACCGGGGAAUGUUCAUUCCCAAAGGAUCAUACAUCAUCUUCAACGAAACUGGAAUGUCACUCGAUCCAAAAAUAUACGCCAACCCGACCACGUUCAACCCAGCUCGAUUCCUCCCAAAGUCAGCAGGCGGGAACGGCGAGCCGCCUUUCGACGCGGCAUUCGGAUACGGGAGAAGAAUUUGUCCCGGACGGCACCUCGCUACCGCCAGUCUAUGGAUCGCCAUCGCCACCAUAUUCUCGACCCUCCGUAUCUCAAAGGCUCGAGAUGAGAACGGCACGGAGAUCACGCCGCCGGUGGAAUUUGAGAAAGGGAUAUCUAGUCAACCGAAGCCUUUUGCAUGCAACAUCGUAGCCCGCUCCGACAUGGCAGCUCGCAUCGUCGCCGAGGCUAUAGAGAACAGUGAUUGA